AUGACGAUUAACAUUCAACCUCUAAUCAGAAAAAACCUCUCAUUAUCAUCUCGACUUAGCCUUGCUUUCCUCUUCUUAUCAUUCACCUGCCUUGUCACCAAUAGUCCUAUCCCAUCGGUCUUGUCAUCGGUGGGCGACCUUGGCCAAUUAGGCGGAAACUUGGCAAAGGGGGCCGAUAAUGUAGCAGCCGGAGGUGUAGAUACGGCCAAACUGACAAAAAAUCUUGGUUCAGUGAAGUCAACAUCUGCUUUGGACGACGUGGCCGAUAUCAAAAAUGUAGACUCAAUAUCGGACGCUUCCAAACUCAAGGAACUGCGAAAAUCCGAUUUGGGGGACACCCCAAAAUUCCCCGAUACAGUCGUCAAAAAGACAACUGAACUUCCCGAAACCCCACAAAAAAUUUCCACAAGAGUCGAUGAUUUAGAGGCAGAGACCGCCCGACUUGUUGAAGACACGGCCAAGAAGUCCAGAGGAUAUAUCACUCUCGGGGUCGUCAAGAUAGUCCGAUCGAACCCAGGUCUGCAAACCACGUUAGAAAAGAUAUAUAUGGCACCUCGAAAAAUUAAAAUGGCAUUGAACGCUCUCAAAAUCGAUCGUGGAAAGAAAGAGGCUCUGAUCUUACAAAUGAGCGGAAACGGAGGCGAAGCACUCCAACAACUUAACCGCGUAGAAGGCAUCAUUGCAAAAAACCGAGUUCUUCGUAUGCAGUGGGCUGACAAGAUCGGUAGGGCUUACAAUAUCAAACAUGGAAGCAGAUUUAGGUGGUACAAGUACAUCAAAUUCUUUGGAAAACGUGGUAAGCAAUAUGACAAUAUCAUCAAGAAUUUCAAGAAUGGUGAAGAAACACCUGGACUACUUGAGGCCGCCAACAAGAUCAGAGCAAAGAAUGCCGUCAAAGUAGCAAAUGCUGAAAAUUCACUGAAGGCAAAAGAAGCCAGACAACUAAGAAUGAAGAACUACAGGGCAAAUCAUCCUGGUAUGGCCAAAUCCUUUAAUCGUAUUUCUCGUCAAUGGAAGGCGUUCAAGGACAAGUUGGACUUUGCAAAAGGGAAAUAUCACGUCAAACAACCUUCAGAAAACCCAUCAACAGCUGCAGAUAUUGGGCAGCAGACACAGAAUGUCGGAGCAGAUCCCACACGAAUGCAAUCCGGAACUGACUUGGCUCACAGUACACAGGUAUCACCUGGAGUUACAUCAUCAAGCCACUCUAUCUAUAAAACGAAUAACCCUCUUAGACUGGCUAACUUUCUAGCGUUGUAA